GCGGCACUCACGUUCCGCGACUGUACCGCGCGCGCGCCUUUAUCUUGCCUCACUAAAUCGUCCUUUUGAGUUUGCCCGAUCGAACCUCCUGUUAUUCAUUGUCGCGAUAAACGUCGCGAAUAUCGAGCAACGCUCGCGUUUCACCCGUGAACGAGCAACCGAAUUUUAGUGUUCGCGCGCGAAUGCUCGCUCGACGAUCAGGGGCUCGUGUGCCCGAUUCCUGAAUUAAUCCCAUCGACCUCUAAUCGAUCGAGGAUCGUCUGCACCGCGUCAUCCGGUAAACGGAUCACGACCGCCAUGUUCUUUAUCCGUGUACGUUUCAUCGACCAGUGAAAAAAGUUUCUUUUUCGUGCGCGUUUUGGUUCUCGAUAAUAAUUUCAUUUGGCACCAAGUUUAUCGAUUUUUCAUCGAUCGGAAGUUAGCUACGGAAUCGAAUUUCAACGUUCUUUCGUGAAUCUUUUGUCUUUUUUUGCAUUCGUGUGUUUUCUUCCGAACGAGUUCGAAAUUUUUUCCGGUAGAACAAGAACAGGUUGAAAAGUACUACGCAAAUGUGUGUUGUGAGAUUCCGUCGAGAUAGACAUGCAUUCAACGAGUGAUGAUCAGUGGUGCUGGUGGCAUCUUGUCAUUGUUUGUGUUUCAUUUCCAAAGUUGUACCUGUCUCGUGCCUCUUCAACAACGGAAUCGCAGUGAGUUCUCUUCGACAAGGAGUAACGAUGAAAGGGUUCAGGGAGGCUGCAGCGGAACGAGAGAAGUUGCAGCGAUCAACCGCUUAAACGUUACAGCGAGGCGAUGAAACACGAAGGCUAGACAGGCGGAUUACCGUGCGAUUAAUGCGCCCUAUGACGCUCGUUUAAUGGCCCAUGCUCGGACCGUGUGAUGAACGCGAACGAGUGCACGAUUUCCCUCAGAGGUUGAAUUAAAUGGACAGGCAGGAAGAACCCAUUUGUACGCCCAUUUGUACCGAUUGUUCGCGACAACGUGCAAGGACACAAGCCGAGAACAUAAACUGUAAAAAACACACAUCGAACGGUACCCGGCAGGUACUCGGUGCCAUCGCGCCGUUUCUUUCUUCGUCUUUCCACGCUUUUCACAACGUUGUUGGAGAUUCGUUCGCGCAGCGAGAAGCGAUCACGGUCGAUUUCUCGCACAAACUUUGAACCAAUGGUCCGGUUUCUCGCGAUUGCAAGAUCGAGGAAAACGCGAGUCGGCUUGUAAACCGGCUAAAGCGGCAGAGAAUUGUCUCGAAUUACGAUCGAUGCGAAUCCCGAUCGAAGGAUAUAGCGGGCAGAUAUAAUAGCGGUUUCCACGCGCAAAAGAGCUUAAUCCCCGGGAGGCCGAUCGUCGCGCGAUAUUAAAACUUCGGGGGAUCGAAAUUACAGCCACUGUCGAUAAAAGCUUACAAAUAGAAAGAAUCGAUAAUGCACGCGUGGAAAUCCUGGCUCGAAGCAAGCCACGUGCACGACGAAUAAUACGAUCCCUCCUCGAAUCCACGUCUUCUCGAUCACCAAGGGGAAAGCACCAGAUAGAUUCGUAAAAUCCUUAUCUACCGAUGCUGUGUUCGCGUCCUCGCGUCGCAUUCUUUCUUCGCCAUUAACGUUGCUUUUUCCAACGACGCCACGUCUAACAGCGAAUCGGUGGUCGUCGCGUAUUUCGCAAAUAUUCGUUCGCGCGACCAGUGAAUCCAAAGAGUGGAAGACGAACUGAUUGGAAAUCAGUUAUGAUUCUGGAUGCUAGCUUGCACAUGGAACGCAGAUAAACUGGGGCAAAAGGAUGAAAGUGAGAUGGGUGUAUCCGAGUCCUGAUUACAUCGUAUGAUACCACGAUCUCUGCGAGUAACUGUUAAAGAGAUCGAAGUGUGUUCACGUUCGUCGUAGCUGUUGUUCGAGGGACGAGGAAGGAUCAGCGCAGAGACAGGAAAGAAAGAAAGAUCGACAGUAUGAAGGAUCGUCGUGGAAGAUGGCUGUACGCCGUGCUGCCUCUCGUCACGUUCCUCUCGCACCAAAUAGAGUGCACGGCGAAGAGCGGAGGAUCGGUGGUGGAGCACCAUCCGUCUUCUUACUGGGAGCAACCCUUUAGCCAGCCUUACUUCGACAACACAACGAAGAGAGAUACCACGACGACCGUCGGACAAACCGCUUUCCUGCACUGCAGGGUGCGCAAUCUUGGUGAUCGUGCUGUUUCGUGGAUCAGGAAACGAGAUCUGCACAUUCUCACCGUAGGAAUCUUAACCUACACGAACGACCAGCGUUUCCAGUCGUUACACAGAGACGGAUCUGACGAAUGGACCUUGAGGAUUAGUUCACCGCAAGUUCGCGAUAGCGGAACAUACGAGUGUCAGGUUUCAACCGAAUCGAAAAUCAGCCAAGCUUUUAACUUGAGCGUCGUAGUGUCGAAGGCAAAGAUCAACGGUAACUCGGAGCUGUACAUCAAGAGCGGAAGCGACAUCAAUCUGACCUGCAUAGUAUUGCAGACACCUGAGCCGCCGUCAUUCAUUUAUUGGUACAAGGGUGAUCACGUGGUAAAUUACAGUCAAAGGGGAGGUAUCAACGUAGUCACUGAGAAGCAAACGCGAACGUCGCGUCUCUUAAUAUCAAAGGCGUUACCUGCUGAUUCUGGAAAUUACACAUGUGCCCCGUCUGCGGCCGAGUCAGCCAGUGUUCUAGUCCACGUACUCAAUGGAGAACAUCCAGCGGCCAUGCAACACGGCAACUCGAGCAACAGCGGCGCGGCAACGAGGACACUCGCGUUGCUCCUGUUGCUUCUGCACGCCGGUUCGUUCGCGAGGUGACUGGUCGAUCACGAAGCCUUCCUCCAAUAAGGACACGAGCAAACAUCGCUUUUCCUUUACGUAAUCGAACAGAGGCAAAAGACGAAGAAGAGAAAAAGGGAAGCGAGCGAGACCGAGGAAAGAAGCGUCGUCUUUACCAGCAGCAACCACCUUCAACCCUUUAUAUAUCACCCUCGAUCUUGCUUUUAACCGAACAGCGACGAGAAAGCAGCCAGGCCAGCGACCAUCAAAGAGACUCCUAACGAACGAAAGCUCCAGUGUAUCGGGCAUCUAGUGACCCAGUGGAACUGACUCCUCGCUGCUUCUGCUCUCCGUGGAUGUAUCGAUCAUUUUAGCUGGUGCAAAUCGUUUCCAUCUGGGGAAUAGUAAAUCUACGGUGUCUCCGAGACCGAUCGCUCGGAAGUGGCCACUUUCCGUUUCUCUUUUGAUAUCCGUAGAUGUUUCGAGUCGAUCACGACGACGCGACGCGAGUGAAACAGUUUUUCAGUGGUGGUACUUUGUCCGAGAAGACGUUGAGUCAGUUCGCUUGUAACGCGGCGCGUACAAACUCGCGGACGUGAUUCUCCUUUCAUUUCGUGCAGCAGGAAGAGGGGAAACGAGUCGAGCGAAAUCUCGAGAAGAGCAGGACUCGACACAUGUAAAUGGCUAUUUAGUAUGAUGCAGUUGGACUCGGUGCGAUCCAAGGAACUCUUAGCGUCAGCGAUAAUCAAGGAUCUGCACGGCUCGUUCUCGUAAUUAACGAGUACAACGAGUAACUGCCAAGUUGGAUCACUGCCACGUUCUUUCGGUAACGUUCCUUGCUAUUGCCGUGUUGCGAAACGAAACGAAACGGAACAAAACGAAAUGAAACGCGCACGCCCUUUAAAUCGUUCCGCAUUAGCGAACGAUGGCGAAGUUGUGCUUUAAAGAGUGCGACGAACAGCGUCGAGUUUGUCAUUAGAACAAACGCAGAGAGCUCUGUACUCGAACGAUACCCAGAGGAGACGAACUUUUGUUCCAGAACAUCUUCGCGUACCGAUCGAUCCCAGUCUCGUUAGAUUCGUAAUACAAAAGACCUUGUCCGAUGGAGAAUAUUCCCGACUUGUGGAACUUGGAUUAUUAAACCUUCGGAACGCACAUAGAGAUCUUGCUUUGUAUUUUUCUUCGAGACGCGUUGUUACUGUUACGCGAUAGGGUUCUUUCACUCAAACGCCUUAUCUUUGGUCGGAACCAUUCAGAAAAAUGAAUCACGGAACACUGUGUUU